AUGUCUUUCCUUGGUCGUGGUGGUCCGUCACCAGCCGGUGGUGUCAACCAUGAGCGCAUUGAAAUGGCCAUAAACGAAAUUGACAUGGUUUCAGACGUAUUUAACCGUAUUGUUUCUUCAUGUCAUGCCAAGUGUAUCAGUCCUCGCUAUGCCGAAGGAGACCUCAACAAGGGCGAGAGUGUCUGCAUUGAUAGAUGUGUGGCAAAGUUCUUCGAAGUUAACAAGAAGGUCGGAGAAAAGAUGCAGAGCGCAGGUGCAAGUGCA